ACUACUCGUCAGCUCAGUAAGGAUAUAGGCAACGAAUGAACAAUACUUAAAGAUUCAUGUUUAGCCUACACCUCUACUUUAAUGUGCGUUGGUUACGUAUGAUCCUGAUGCACUGUACCAUUCUUGGAAUACUUGGCAAGACGAACUUCCUUUUGUUUUUUUUUUCCCCACUUUUUUAACGGAAGUUGUAUUAAGUUGGGAGAAGUGGGACAAACCCACGGAAUGGAAGAUAGGAAAUUCCACAAGGAGAUAAUUAACAUUAUCACGAGAAUCCUCAAGAAUACAAUGUAGUUGUCCGCUACGUGAGGUAAUGUCUGUUAAUUUAGACGUGUGUGUGUGUCUGCCCUGGAACGAAAUAAAUACGCUUCUAUGGGAUAUUUCUGAAUGGACCGGACAGUGGAACAAGGAGUGGACUGCUUGCUGAAAAUUCACAGUGGAAAUGUUUCGGAGAGAGGAGGACAAUACCAGUUUGUUGCUGCUCGCCAGGAGAGAUGCCUGGCGCUUGCUCCUCGCCCCCAGCAGCAUUGGCAAAGAUAAGACGUGGCUACAAAAACUUGUGCAUCUACAGAUGUAUUUUGGAUUUGAUUGUGCUCCAGCACCAACGGAUGUCUUUCGAUUUGGGAAUUACCGUUAAUCGAAUUAUUAUCCGCGGCUGCCUUCUCCCACUUUUCGUGUGGCAUUCGUUUUGGAAGUCAGAUUUCACUAUAUAUAAACAUUCUGCACGGAAACCUUUUUAUCGUUUUUCAUGAAAGUAAAUGUUGAAUUUGUAAACGUAAGUCCAAAUAGAACAGAACGUCAGUAAAAUAUUAGCCUACUAUUCGUGUGUGUACUGUUUAAAUGGUCGUAUUAUGUAUAGUCUUUCCAAUUUGACAGCAGCCAACAUGCCGUCUUUUUAGCGAUUACUUUUGUAUCUGAUGGAAGACAUGCUGAAUUGGCAGAUACUGAGAAUAUUAACGCACCUUAUUUAUAUCAGAGUAUAAUGUUGCAGUGGUAAAAAUUAAUUCAGAUUAUUUCUUCAAUCUAGACCGUGGGGAAGAAAAUGGUUUAAGGGAAUGACACCACGCUUUACAAGUUCAUAACAAUUGGACAGAGAAGUCAACUUUGUUUGCUUCUUUAUUUGAGCUGAGCCUAAAAAAAACAGUCAAAAGUGUUGCUGAGAGAACUUCUUUUGCAAAGUGUCGAGGGAGCUACGCAGCAUUACAAUUUACUGGUUUGAGUAAGGGGAGACAACAGAGAGAGAGAGAGAGAGAAAAAGAAAACAUCUGGUUCUUGGAUCAUGGCUGCUGAGUGCAUAGGGCGGUCGCUGGUUUUAUUAUCAUUCUUGGCAGUGGGAGUUGCCUUCUCCGGUGUCUUCAAUGCUUCAGACAAAGAUGUUUUCAACGACGACACCGAGCAGGUCAGGCUGGCCGAGGACAGUACAACCGCGCAGUGGAAGCACAUAGCAGACAAUCUGCACCCAAACCUUUAUUUUGACCCGGUGGAUAUACAGUUACUCAGGCAGAGGUCCACCACAACACACAGCCACCUUUUCAAAGUGAUCCGCGUGGCCGUCACGACCAUGCUGUCCAACGGCAACCUGUACCUGCCGCCGGCCAGGCACGAGGAGUUCACCAGCAAAUGGAACGAGAUUUACGGCAACAACCUGCCCCCGCUCGCCCUGUACUGCCUGAUCUGUCCAGAGGAUGGCGCUGCCCUCCAGUUCCUGCUGAAGUACAUGGACCGGAUGGCGGAGUACCCCAACUGGAUGGUGACCAGCGCCCCCAACGACGAGGUGCCCACGGCGCACUCCCUCACGGGUUUCGCCACCGCCUACGAUUUCAUCUACACUGCCUUGGACGCACAGAGGAGGGUCAGUUACCUCAAGAAGAUACGCUCGGCGACCGACGAACUCUAUGAGCUGUCCAAGUACAGGGGGUGGGGCAAGCAGUUUCUGCAGAACCACCAGACCACCAACAUCUUAGCCAUCCUGACCGGCGCCGUUGUCGCCGGGGAGCACAACGACCCCGAGACGAUGAUAUGGAAGCAGGUGUGUGUGAACUACAUGGAGAAGACCAUGUUUCUCCUGAACCACAUCGUCGACGGGUCCCUGGAUGAGGGCGUGGCGUACGGAAGCUACACGGCCAAGUCUAUCACGCAGUACGUGUUCCUCGCGCAACGCCACUUCAACAUCGACAACACGCAGAACAACUGGCUCAAAGCGCACUUCUGGUUCUACUACGCCACCCUGCUGCCCGGCUUUCAGAGGACGGUUGGCAUCGCCGACUCCAACUACAACUGGUUCUACGGGCCGGAGAGCCAGCUGGUGUUCCUGGACAGCUUCGUGCUUGAAAACGGCACGGGCAACUGGCUCGCCCAACAGAUCCGAAAACACCGGCCCAAAGACGGCCCCAUGGGCCAGUCCUCCGCCCAGCGCUGGACCACGCUGCACACAGAGUACAUCUGGUACAACGCCCACCUCGUCCCGCAGCCGCCCCCGGGGUACGGCAAAGCCAAGUUGCACGUCUUCUCCAACUGGGGCGUGGUAACGUACGGGGCGGGCAUGCCCAACAGCCAGGGCAACACGUUCGUCUCCUUCAAGUCCGGGAAGCUGGGCGGACGGGCGGUGUACGACAUCGUCCACGCCAAGCCGUACUCCUGGGUGGAAGGCUGGAGCAGUUUCAACCCGGGGCACGAGCACCCGGAUCAGAACUCCUUCACCUUCGCCCCCAACGGGCAGGUGUUUGUGUCCGAAGCGCUGUACGGGCCCAAGUACAGCUACCUGAACAACGUGCUGGUGUUCGCCCCCUCCCCCACCAGCCAGUGCAACGGGCCGUGGGAGGGGCAGUUGGGCGAGUGCGCCAAGUGGCUGCGGUGGGCGGACAAGGAAGUGGGGGACACAGCCGGCGAGGUCAUCGCCACGUCCUCCCACCAGGACGCCAUGUUCGUGAGCGGCGAGUCGGUGGCGGCCUACUCCUCGGCCAUGAAGCUGAAGAGCGUCUACCGGGCCCUCGUGCUUCUCAACUCCCAAACCCUCCUGGUGGUGGACCACGUGGAGAAGCGGGACGACUCGCCACUGGACACGCUCAGUGCCUUCUUCCACAACCUGGACAUCGACUUCAAGUACGUCCCGCACCGGGUGAUGGACAAGUACAACGGGGCCUUGAUGGACGUGUGGGACGCGCACUACAAAAUAUUCUGGUUCGACAAUCAGGGCUCCAGCCCGUCGGGCAGGAUCCAGGAGGCGGAGCAGGCCGCGGAGUUUAAGAAGCGGUGGACGCAGUUCAUCAACGUCACUUUCCCCAUGCGGAGCACGGUGAGCAGAGUGGCUUACGUGCUGCACGGGCCUUAUGUAAAAGUGAGCAACUGCAAGUUCGUCGAAGACAGCAAAAACGGUGUGAGGCUGUCCCUGAUCAUCAACAACACCGAAAACAUAGUGUCCAUCGCCACGAACUACAAAGACGUCGGGGCCAGACUGAGCUAUUUAGGCUUCGGCGGGCAUGCGAAAGUGGAGAACGAGCAUCAGAUCACACGUUUCGGUGUGGGAACUCAGCUCGUGCCCAAACAAAACGCGGUGGAGCAGAGCGUGUUCGACUUUGGAUUUGUGGUUAAUUUAAUAGCGGGGGUGACGCUGUGCGUGGCAAUCGGAUUUCUGACCCUGCGGAGGAAGUUUUACGUGUGCUUCAGCAAGCUCAUGCGCUACACGCUGCUCUCGGUCCUGCUGCUGUGGAUCGUCGAGCUGGUGUUCGUCUCCAAUAGCUGCGAUCAGCUCCUCUGCGGAGUCAAGUGGAAGGGCACCGCGGACCGCGGGGCCGGCGCGCCCCGCACACUCUCCGACCCGCACCCGUUCCCCCUGCCGACCGUCGUCAUAACAACCCUGCCCGGGUUCGGGGCGGAGAUCCUCCAGCACCUCUUCUACAACAGCUCCGACUUCGUUUACAUCCGCGUGCCCACCGAGCACCUGGACAUCCCGGAGACGGAGUUCGAGUUCGACUCCCUGCUGGACGCCUGCGAGUGGUCCAAGGCGGACGCCCGCGGCGGCCAUUUUAAGGUCAUCCAGGGCUGGUUCCACUCCCUGGUCCGCAACACCAAACUGCACCUGCAGAACAUACAGCUGGACGAGGCCAGCAGGACCAGGUCGGCUCAGGCCGCGGACUCCUCCAGGCGCAAGAGGAAGAGGAGCAGGAGGAAGGAGCCGCUGGCCGAGCAGAGGGGCCCGGGCAAGGGGAGCCUGGAGCGGGACGCGGAGUACAUCAGGGAGCUACGCCGGCACGUCGCGCAGUACCAGAGUGCCAGCGCCGUCCUCAGCUUGAGCAGCGGGAGUUGGGCCCUGAAGCUCCCCUUCGUCCAGGAGGUCAUCGGCCCCUCCCUGCGCGUGAUCAACACGGUCCGGGACCCGCGGGCCUGGAUCUACUUAAUGCUGUACAACAGCAAGCCCAGCCUCUACUCCCUGAAGAACAUCCCGCAGCACCUGGCCCUGAUCUUCAAGGAGGACAGCAGCAGGGGCAGGUGCGCGGGGUUCGCCCCCGAAUUCCAGCCGCUGCAGCGGCUGCUGGCCCGGUCCGAGUCGGACCCGGUCCUGCUGCUCGCCCACCUGUGGCUGGCGCACACGGCCGCCACGCUGCGGGUCAGCAGAGACCUGCCGGAGGGCACCUACCUCCAGGUGAGGUUCGAGGACGUGGUGCACUUCCCCGAGGAGACCGCCAUACACAUACACUCCCAUCUGGGCGUACCGGUCUCGCCAGCGUCGCUCAACCAGCUCAUGUUCACCACAUCCACAAACUUGUUCAGCCUCAAGUACGAGGGGGAUAUCUCACCAGCUAACAUCAAUGUGUGGAAACAGAAUAUGCCCUACAGUGAUAUAAAACUAAUAGAGGACACAUGCUGGUCUGUAAUGAAGAGGUUAGGAUAUUCAAGGUUUACAAAUUAAAUGCUGCGGGUCAGCUGAAAUCAAUAGCUAGUUCUUUUAUUUUUUUUGGUCUUUUGCACUAAUAGGAUAUGUAAUUGAAGUUCAGCCAUGAACUUUUUAGCACCGGAGUGUAAUAGGACACAGAGGCGGAGAGCAAGCUUGAAAUAAAUCUGUUCUGGUUUUUUUGCGCAGAAUGUGUGAUCAUUAUGAUCAACAGCAAUACCACGACGAUGGUCAAAAAUAACAUUUUACAUUAAAAUGUUAUUGGAUUCAUUGAAGGAAUACACAAGUCCCGUUUCCUUUAUGCUACAUCAAAGCCAGCCGAGUCUCUUGAGUUGGAUGUCAGAAUGUAUGGAUGUUUUAUGUGCGCCAAUUUGUUUAGAAAUCUUGAAGAAAGUUAUACUGUAAUUUCAAGAGUGGUUAUUUUUGUAAAGCUGUGCUCAGUGUACUACUAUGGACCAGGUACUAUGCGUUCUACAGUAUACAUAUGUAAAUGUGGACAUUAUUUUCUUAUAAAGCUAUAGUAUGUAGAUAAUCUAUACACAGUUGUCUCUUUUUAUAUAUGUAUAUUUUGUAAAAACCGGUUUCUUUUACCAAAGGUUAACAGACUAAAUGGACUGGGUUUUGAAAUGUGCUGUGCUAAGAUAUAAAGGCUGGCAGAGGGCACCAAGGGCUGUUCUCUGGAGGGAAACACAAAUCUGUGGUGUUUAAUUGGAUGUACAGUACCAAGUACACAGCAAGUAAAUUACCCUUACAUAGCAGGUUUGCAAAUUGUAUGCCAGACCAAACAUCAACCCUGGACUUUAUGGUCGCAGAGAAUGAUCCUAGAUUUAAGUAAAUGCUAUAUUUCAAGGCUUUAUUGUCAGUAAGUCCUUGGUGUUUUUUUGCACUGUGUUUUGGGUUCCCUUGGUUUGUGCUUACAGAAGUGCUUAUACUCAUCACCUCAAAACUGCGGAAAGAUGGCAGUGUAGUUAUUGACUUCAUGUGUUGCUUAAACCUGUGAAAGGACAAAUGCUGAAUGUUUGCAGUAUUAGCCUAAAGCAAGUUUUAUGUGUCCGCAUUGUUCGUUCACACAAUCAAGUUUUGAAAAAAAAAAGAAAAAGAAAAUAUAAAUUGCAUUUAAAAAUAAAUAUGUACUUUUCCUACUUUUCUGUAUCGCAUCUUAAAAUGGCAGGACCAAUUAACUUUGUUCAGACUCUCACAACAUUAGAUGGAAACUACAUUCUGUCACUGACCGGGUAGCCGUAUAGAUCAAUCCUGUAUCAAAUACUUUAUAGUUUAGGAUUCAAAUAAUUUUAUAUGCUUUAUUGAGUGUAUUUGGAACCUAUGAAAAAGUGCAAACCUUGCCUUCUGGUUCUCUUAGUUGACUCAGUUGCACCAAGCAAGAUCAGUCGAGCAUGCAGAAGUAUUUGAAUCCAAAACAAUUACGUAUUUGACCCAGAUCUGGAAUGGAUAAGAGGUUUAACUGCCCGGAAUGUUCCUUAACAGUAAAACGUAUUCCCAGGGUCUGCUGGGUGGCUAAUCUCAUUAAAGGACUGUUCCAGUGUUGGUCCCACCAUCCAGUAUGGAUGCUGGGCAAUGAUUGGUCAUGGUGUUGCUUUGAACCAAUUAUUUGUUGCAUUAUAAUGUUUUGUGUGUGCUAAAAAGGUUUGGUAUACGCUAAUCGCUAAAGGUCUUUAAAUCAGGCCCUCUGUGUUUCUCUCAGACUAAUGAGCUAUAUGUGUGGAUUAGGGUGUGUAAAAUAAGCAAAGGCUUUACCUCACAUAUCAUGGGAGUGUAUGCCCUUUUUUAAGCUACCUGGAAUUUAUAUCAGAGGUUGCAUGAAUUAGCAUGACUGGGGAAUAUAACAGGGUGUUCAAAACUUGGAAAAAAAGGGUAUGGUAAUCAUAAAAAACUAAGCCCAGAUGUGAAGUUGUGACUUGCAAAUUUUCUUUCAGCUUUGCUAGCUUGCUGUUGUCUCAACAAUAUCUGACAGCCAUCAACAGUUCACAGAUAUAAAAGACUAAAAACCUAAGGACAUGUCAUUUACGGCUAAUCCCAAAGGCUUUAGUGGUUUAA